UAGUUAGAGAGGGAGAGAGACAGACAGACAGAGAAAGAGUCAGGAGACGAGCUGCCUGGCAGUGCUCGCAACGCCACCCACCGCCCACUUUGCCACCCCGCCUGCUACCACCCACUAGCCACCCGGCUGCCAGCGAGGAAACAACGAGGAGCAACUUACUCCUCUCAUAACCUUACUGCGCCUCUACUUAUUCUAGCUAUUCCGUUUGCUUCGUCAACAGUGGAAAACUAUUAAGUGCCUACCAUCUUUCACUUGGUUUCUAGCCUAGUAGUGCUGCUUAAUCCGGCUGACAGUCCGAAAAGCGGAAAAGGAGGAAAAGAAGGACGCUCUGCAGACAGAGAGAAAGAGAAAGGAGAUAAAAACUGUACAAAAGUAUAAAGUAUAAGAGUCCUCAUCCUACCAGCAGGUAUCGAUAAUCUUGCUAUUGCGAAGAGGGGACUGUGGAGAGAGAGAGAGAGAGAGAGAGAGAGAGAGAUCCUGCACAAGGAGGUGGCGCCGCUAGUAGUCAGUGGUCGAAAUGGAGUCAAGUGGCGCAGGUAUCGGGCGCCUUGAUUGCUACGAGGAUAUGUUCAAGGAAAUCACUAGGAAACUCUAUGGCGACGAUCCUGAUCACAGAACCUCGAACGUCCAGAACGAAUUCGAGGCGUCGGUCACGUUCAAGGCAGAAGAACCAUUUAAAAUUGACGAGGACGAAGCUGUUACGCAAGCUAGCGACGAUACGUCCAGUUGGAUUCUCGAUGACGAACCUCUCAAAGGCACUGAUGGCAGUCGGAUUGCUGCUUAUAGGGCCGCUACGUCCACUUGGCGAUGCUACGAAUGCGGUGAUUGCAUGGUAGGAGGAGCACGCGAGGUUGCUGAACACUUCAUAGAUCUGCACGCGCCGCGAUUGGACGACAGCGGGAGCCGCGGCAGGAUGCAUCGCACAAAUGAUUUCAAACUUGAUGAAAUAGUGAGUUAUUUGGAAAAAGUGCGAGAACGUGCAGUUCGACUUGAUGUUCGGCCAACUCGCCGUACUCAAGAAACGCAGACAGCCCCAGCGGUUCUACUGCCCGUUGCUCCGAAUUUCUUGCUUCAAGAGUUACCAUCCACGCCACCUCAACAACUACUACAGCCCCAACCACAACAGCAAGCAAGUCCUGUGGCAAGCACCACAGCGACGAGGCCGCCGACGCAACAGUCAGCGACAAAUGCCGGAGGGGGCGGAGGAGGCGGGAACAACGCCAGCGGCAAAAGGUACACGUGCCUCUACUGCCCGUACGGUACCGACAGGCGGGAUCUGUAUACUCGCCACGAGAACAUCCACCGUGAGGAGAAGCCCUUCCACUGCUACGUGUGCUACAAGCCCUUCAGCCGAGCAGACCACGUCAAGAAGCACUUCCUACGUAUGCACAGAGAUCACACCUACGAACUGUCGCGCAUACGAAAAUCUGUCGGAGCAUCGCCGAGUCUCAAGCCGCUGCUCCAGCCGGCGCGACCCGCGGCCUCGAUGCAGCCCGCACCCACCUCACCGGCCGACCUCGUCCAUCUCCAACAGCAGCAACAACAGCAGCCAGCCAGCAGUCUCAAUCCUGCAGCUAUUUAUCAAGCUACGACGGCUAUUUCUUCGACGCUUGAUGCAGCCACGGUUGCGGCGAUGGCAAGUUCCACCAACGUUGCUCAUUCGCAACCAGUGCCUCCAGCAGCCACCGUUCAAAACUCCCAGCAGUCCAGAAGGUCGCAGAACACUGCUUGCAAAACUCAACUUGGCAAGUCGACUGCAGGAUCUUCAUCUAAUAAAAAUCAAGAGCGCAGGUACACAUGCUGCUACUGCUCUUGGAGUGGUGUUGACAACUGGUGUCUGAAACGACACCUCAACACCCACCUCAAACCGUUCGCCUGCGCGCUUUGCGAAUACAAGGCAGCUCGAGCCGAGCGUCUCGCCACACACGUUCUCAAAGUACACAACCGCCGGCAAUGUUCUCGAUGCUCUUUUCUCGCCGAAGAUCUACCUCAACUUCAAGUUCAUCAACUUCAGGUGCAUCGAGCUAGUAACCAAGGGGCGUCUGCAGCAGCGGCAGCAACAAUCAUCUCUGUACCUAUGGGUUCGCAACAACAAACUGCAUCGACUAUACCACAGCAGCAGAGCAACAGUGAACAACGUCAGAUUCAGUCCUUAAAUGGCAGCGGAGGAGGUAGGGCGCCGCCGGGACCCCCUGUUUUUCCAGCCUCAUCAGCGGCGAUCGCGCCCGCAACAACGGUCAUACCACCGACUACUAUUCUCGGUGAUCGCGCCGCGAUGCCAGGCAGCGGAUGCUGGGAGCAGGAGGCCUCUUCGUGCGAGGCAUGCUUUCAGCGAGCCAACUGCGGCGCACCCGGCGAGCCCAGACGCUCCAGAAAGCAGAGCACGCCUCGCAAGCUGAUGACCAUUCGCUCGGAGACGCCGGAUCAGAAAAUCGAGGCUGCGGCGCCAAUCUCGUGCUUGAGACCAGCUGUCACGGUGAAGCUCAAGUGUUACCAAUGCCCCAAGAGCGCGGCUGCUCGGACCAAGGCCUACCACAACAGAGCGUCGUUGCUCCUACACAAGAUGUGGCGACACAAGGGCAUCAGGCCCAGGAGGCGGCCACGUUUUUCUGUGUCUAUCACGCUCAGGGCUACUGUACAAGUUGCGCCACGGACGUAGCCUACCUGCCAAAGAGACGACAGUCUAGCGAGUAUUUGCGAAGGAGAUCUGCCUAGAGUUUACCAAAUCUCAAUGUGAUAUGUCCGGACUUGUUGUUUGUUCCUCGAAAAACCAUGCGUUUAUCUAAUUCAUACGUUUAUUCUUCCGUCAAUUUUCGUCGUGCAUUAGACGAUGAUUGACCUUGAAUUGAUUAGCUCAAUUGUAAGAGCUCCCUUGGCGUUGCACAUCGGCAAUGAAUGUUUUUCUCCUUAUUUUCAUUUACUUUUUCUUUCCAAUCUUUGUAAUUUUCCGCAAAUAAAAAUAGAGCUCGGUAUCAGACGAGUGCUGAGUGUAUAUUUUAUAAGCGAAACGGCACAUUGCUGCUCAAUAAAGUUAUUUGAAUAAAAACA